CCGGAUUGUUUCUCUCCSGAGCAGCCUCCACCACCGCCAUUGAAAGUCCAGGGUGUUCAGUGCAGCGGUAGCAGACCGUCAUCACUGGGGAAGCAAGUAAACAGCAAAAGGACAAUUACAAUCACCAGUAUAUUGACAACACAUUUUCAUACAAGUCUAAGAGUCUACCCAAUUGGACUUUAAACUAGCCUUUUCCUGGCUGUCCGGCUAGGAUCUGAGAAGAAGCKGUAGUGUGUUAGCAUUAGGAGAAUCGGGAGGAGAGCAAAGGAACCGCCAUGGCUCAGAUCCUGCCUAUUCGCUUUCAGGAGCACCUGCAGCUCCAGAACUUGGGCAUUAACCCAGCCAACAUUGGGUUCAGCACCCUGACGAUGGAGUCUGAUAAGUUCAUCUGUAUCCGGGAGAAGGUGGGCGAGCAGGCACAGGUGGUGAUCAUCGACAUGGCCGACCCCAACACGCCCAUCCGCAGACCAAUCUCUGCAGACAGCGCCAUCAUGAACCCCGCCUCCAAAGUCAUUGCACUUAAAGACGCCGCCAAAACCCUUCAGAUCUUUAACAUUGAGAUGAAGAGCAAGAUGAAGGCCCACACCAUGACUGAUGACGUCACCUUCUGGAAGUGGAUCUCCCUGAACACAGUGGCACUUGUGACUGACAAUGCCGUCUACCAUUGGAGCAUGGAGGGGGACUCCCAGCCAAUCAAAGUCUUUGACCGGCACUCCAGCCUGGCGGGCUGUCAAAUCAUCAACUACCGCACUGACGCCAAGCAGAAGUGGCUGCUGCUCAUUGGCAUCUCCGCACAGCAAAACCGUGUGGUGGGUGCCAUGCAGCUGUACUCUGUGGACAGGAAGGUGUCACAGCCCAUCGAGGGCCACGCCGCAGGCUUCGCCCAGUUCAAGAUGGAGGGCAACACAGAGGAGUCCACACUGUUCUGCUUUGCUGUGAGAGGACAGGCCGGGGGAAAGUUGCACAUCAUUGAGGUGGGCACCCCAGCCACAGGGAACCAGCCUUUUCCAAAGAAAGCAGUGGACGUGUUCUUCCCUCCAGAGGCUCAGAAUGACUUCCCAGUGGCCAUGCAGAUAAGCUCCAAGCAGGAUGUGGUGUUCCUCAUCACCAAAUAUGGCUACAUCCACCUGUAUGACCUGGAGACUGGCACCUGCAUCUACAUGAACAGGAUCAGCGGAGAGACCAUCUUUGUUACGGCCCCUCACGAAGCCACCGCCGGCAUCAUUGGGGUCAACAGGAAAGGACAGGUUCUGUCAGUGUGUGUUGAGGAGGAGAACAUCAUCCCUUACAUCACCAAUGUGCUGCAGAACCCAGACCUGGCCCUGCGCAUGGCCGUCCGUAACAACCUGGCCGGGGCCGAGGAGCUGUUCGCGCGCAAGUUCAACAACCUGUUUGCUGGCGGAAACUACUCUGAAGCUGCCAAGGUGGCCGCCAACGCACCAAAGGGUAUCCUGCGUACUCCAGACACCAUCCGUAAGUUCCAGAGUGUGCCAGCCCAGCCGGGCCAGACCUCUCCCCUGCUGCAGUACUUUGGCAUCCUGCUGGACCAGGGCCAGCUCAACAAGUUUGAGUCUCUGGAGCUGUGCAGGCCCGUCCUACAGCAGGGACGCAAGCAGCUGCUGGAGAAGUGGCUCAAAGAGGACAAGCUGGAGUGUUCUGAGGAGCUGGGGGACCUGGUGAAGUCAGUGGACCCCACCCUGGCUCUCUCCGUCUACCUGAGGGCCAACGUACCCAACAAGGUCAUCCAGUGCUUCGCUGAGACCGGACAAUUCCCCAAGAUAGUCRUGUACGCCAAGAAGGUGGGCUACACUCCAGACUGGAUCUUCCUGCUGAGGAAUGUGAUGAGGAUCAGUCCAGAACAGGGCCUGCAGUUCUCCCAGAUGCUUGUCCAGGACGAGGAGCCUCUGGCUGACAUUACACAGAUCGUGGAUGUCUUUAUGGAGUAUAACCUGAUCCAGCAGUGUACCUCCUUCCUAUUGGACGCCCUGAAAAACAACAGGCCUUCUGAGGGACCGCUGCAGACACGCCUCCUGGAGAUGAACCUCAUGCACGCCCCACAGGUUGCUGAUGCCAUCCUGGGCAACCAGAUGUUCACCAACUACGACCGUGCCCACAUAGCCCAGCUGUGUGAGAAGGCUGGUCUGCUGCAGAGAGCUUUAGAGCAUUACACCGACCUGUACGACAUCAAACGGGCCGUGGUGCACACACACCUGCUCAACCCAGAGUGGCUGGUGAACUUCUUUGGCUCCCUCUCAGUGGAGGACUCUCUGGAGUGCCUGAGGGCCAUGUUGUCUGCCAACAUCCGUCAGAACCUGCAGAUCUGUGUCCAGGUGGCUUCCAAGUACCACGAGCAGCUCUCCACCAACUCCCUAACGGAGCUCUUCGAGUCCUUCAAGAGUUUCGAGGGUCUGUUCUACUUCCUGGGUUCCAUUGUUAACUUCAGCCAGGACCCAGAGGUCCACUUCAAGUACAUCCAGGCAGCCUGCAAGACGGGACAGAUCAAAGAGGUGGAGAGGAUCUGCCGAGAGAGCAACUGCUACGACCCCGAACGAGUCAAGAACUUCCUCAAGGAGGCCAAGCUGACCGACCAGCUCCCACUCAUCAUUGUGUGUGACCGCUUCGACUUUGUCCAUGACCUGGUCCUCUACCUGUACCGUAACAACCUGCAGAAAUACAUUGAGAUCUAUGUGCAGAAAGUGAACCCCAGCCGUCUGCCAGUGGUGAUAGGAGGGCUUCUGGAUGUGGACUGUUCUGAGGACGUCAUUAAGAGUCUGAUCCUGGUGGUCAGAGGACAGUUCUCCACUGACGAACUGGUGGCUGAGGUGGAGAAGAGGAACCGACUGAAGCUUCUCCUCCCCUGGCUGGAGGCCCGUAUCCAUGAGGGCUGUGAGGAGCCCGCUACCCACAAUGCCCUGGCCAAGAUCUACAUCGACAGCAACAACAACCCUGAGCGCUUCCUGCGUGAGAACCCCUACUACGACAGCCGCGUGGUGGGCAAGUACUGCGAGAAGAGGGACCCUCACCUGGCCUGCGUUGCCUACGAGAGAGGACAGUGUGACCAGGAACUCAUCAACGUGUGCAAUGAGAACUCCCUGUUCAAGAGUCUGUCUCGCUACCUGGUCCGUCGCAGAGACCCGGACCUGUGGGCCAGCGUGCUGCUGGAGAGCAACCCCUUCAGAAGACCACUCAUUGACCAGGUGGUGCAGACAGCCCUGUCUGAGACCCAGGACCCAGAGGAGGUGUCAGUCACAGUAAAGGCCUUCAUGACUGCAGACUUGCCCAACGAACUCAUUGAGCUGUUGGAGAAGAUCGUACUGGAUAACUCUGUCUUCAGUGAACACAGAAACCUGCAGAACCUGCUGAUCCUGACGGCCAUCAAGGCAGACCGGACCCGUGUGAUGGAGUACAUCAACCGCCUGGACAACUAUGACGCCCCAGAUAUCGCCAACAUCGCCAUCAGCAACGAGCUCUUCGAGGAGGCCUUUGCUAUCUUCAGGAAGUUUGACGUUAACACCUCUGCCGUGCAGGUUCUCAUUGAGCACAUUGGGAACCUGGACCGGGCCUAUGAGUUUGCCGAGCGCUGCAACGAGCCAGCUGUGUGGAGCCAGCUGGCCAAGGCUCAGCUGCAGAAGGGCCUGGUCAAGGAGGCUAUCGACUCCUACAUCAAGGCUGACGACCCCUCUGCCUACAUGGAGGUGGUACAGGCUGCCGACCAGAGUGGUAACUGGGAGGACCUGGUGAAGUUCCUUCAGAUGGCUCGUAAGAAGGCCCGGGAGUCCUAUGUGGAGACAGAGCUCAUCUUUGCCCUGGCCAAGACCAACCGCCUGGCUGAGCUGGAAGAGUUCAUCAAUGGACCCAACAACGCCCACAUCCAACAGGUCGGCGACCGCUGUUACGACGAGAAAAUGUAUGACGCGGCCAAGUUACUGUACAACAACGUGUCCAACUUCGGCCGACUGGCGUCCACCCUGGUGCACCUCGGGGAGUACCAGGCGGCAGUGGACGGGGCGCGCAAGGCCAACAGCACUAGGACCUGGAAGGAGGUGUGCUUUGCCUGCGUGGAUGGAAAGGAGUUCCGGCUGGCCCAGAUGUGUGGCCUCCACAUCGUGGUCCAUGCUGACGAACUGGAGGAGCUUAUCAACUACUACCAGGACCGUGCUUACUUUGAGGAGCUGAUCACCAUGCUGGAGGCAGCCCUGGGGCUGGAACGGGCGCACAUGGGCAUGUUCACCGAGCUGGCCAUCCUCUACUCCAAGUUCAAACCCCAGAAGAUGAGAGAGCACCUGGAGCUCUUCUGGUCCAGAGUCAACAUUCCAAAGGUUCUGCGGGCGGCAGAGGAGGCCCACCUGUGGGCGGAGCUGGUGUUCCUGUACGAUAAGUACGAGGAGUUUGACAAUGCCAUCAUCACCAUGAUGAACCACCCCACCGACGCCUGGAAGGAGGGCCAGUUCAAAGACAUCAUCACCAAGGUGGCCAACGUGGAGCUGUAUUACAAAGCAACUCAGUUCUAUUUGGAGUUCAAGCCGUUGUUACUGAAUGACCUGCUCAUAGUGCUGUCCCCCAGACUGGACCACUCCCGUGCUGUCAAUUUCUUCAGCAAGGUGAAACAGCUGCCCCUGGUCAAGCCCUACCUGCGCUCAGUACAGAACCACAACAACAAGUCUGUCAAUGAAGCACUUACCAACCUCUUCAUCACAGAGGAGGACUAUCAGGCUCUGAGGACCUCUAUAGAUGCCUAUGACAACUUUGACAACAUCUCGCUUGCCCAGCGCUUGGAGAAACACGAGCUGAUUGAGUUCAGGAGGAUCGCUGCCUACCUCUUCAAGGGAAACAACCGCUGGAAACAGAGUGUGGAGCUCUGCAAGAAGGACAAACUCUACAAGGAUGCCAUGCAGUACGCGUCAGAGUCCAAGGACACAGAGUUGGCUGAGGAGCUGCUGGGCUGGUUCCUGACGGAGGACAAAAAGGAGUGCUUUGCUGCCUGCCUCUUCACCUGUUACGACUUGCUGAGGCCAGACGUGGUGCUGGAGACGGCCUGGAAGCACAACAUCAUGGACUUCUCCAUGCCCUACUUCAUCCAGGUCAUGAGAGAGUAUCUCUUCAAGGUUGAUGCAAUUAAGGAAAAGGUGGACAAGCUGGAGACCUCUGAGUCCCUAAGGAAAGAGGAGGAGCAGGCGACAGAGACACAACCCAUUGUCUAUGGUCCUGAUAACUUAGUAAAUGGCACACCCCAGCUUAUGCUGACUGCUGGCCCCAGCGUGCCCGUGCCCCCCCAGCAGGCCUACGGCUACGGUUACCAGGCUCCUGCAGGCUACCCCCAAGCACCUCAGGCCCAACCAGGCUUUGGCUACGGCAUGUAAAGGUCUCCUGGCAAGCCCUGGAGCCCAUCCAUCCAUCUCUCUCAGCUCAGUCCUCCACUAGGCUAUUACCAUCUUCUCACAACAUUUAGUGGAUUCAAACAAGCAGUUUUUUAAAAAUGUUUUUGUUUUCCUUAAAAAAACUCAUGAAGGACAUUAUUUCUGUUGUCAAAGAAAAAGAUUGGAUCACAAUUAUUAUAAUUUUUCACAUUCCAUUAUAUUUACUAGAUGCCAUUUUUUUUUAUGGGGAAUGGUUUAUGUACAAUGAGGGGGCUUGUGGGAAGAGCGAGUCCUCUUAAUUAAAAAAAGGUAUGUUGUGAAGCAUCUGAUUUGCACUCUGUAGUGAAGAAACUAAUGUAGAAUCUCUUCAUUUUGAUGUGUGUGAGCAGCUUGUUCUAUCAGUCUGUAAAAUGCAUUUAAUUAUUGUAUAUUCAGAAAGGAAAAAAGCUACAAUGUUCUAUAUUUGAACAUGACUGCCGCUUCCAUGACCCACAAACUAGAAACACUAUGUACAAAUACCAGMAAUGACCUACACAGGGUUAAAGGGGUUGUGUAGAUCUAGAGAYAGAUUAUUUUAAGAUGCAUACAGACAUGAUUUCCAAAAGUGAGUUUUAUCCUUCCCAAGCCUAUGCAGGCUCUCCAGUUAGUCAUUGAGUCAGACCGUGCGUAGAGAGAUGAAGUCGAUGGUGUCUUUGCGUCUCACUCAGCUGCGUGUAAGACACUUUCCUUUCCUCAUGCUGUAAAGUGCUCGUGUGGGACUAUUCUAUUUGGAGGGAUUGAUUACGAGAAUUAAAGAAGCUCUGUUCUUCAGUUCAGUCAGACCUGUGCGUUACUACCCCCCCCUCCUUGUGCUGCGGUUGGUUGGUAUAUGCCGGAUAUCGUGGUGUUCUAGGUCACUGUUCUUGAUUGUACAGAAGAAGAUAUAAAACCUAAUAGCCUUGAUGUCCUGCCAGGAUUAUGUGUGGCCAAAAUGGUACCCUAUUCCCUAUAUAGUGCACUACUUUUGACCAGGGCCCAUAAAGAUUGUACUGCACUAUGCAGGAAAUAGGGUGCCAUUUGGGACUCACAUAUUAUAUUUGUCUGAUCUAAUUGAAGAGACUGGUAAUUUGGUGUUUUUAUCAAAGGCUUGUGUGUGUGUGUGUAUACAAAGAAAAUCAUUAACUCUCCCUCUACCCUAUACUCUCAAAACAAAUGAAUAGUUGAUUGUGCAGGAUCUGGAUCAUGAUGAUGAAUGAAAUGGCAGUUUUCUUUUCCACAUAAAAUAAAGUCUUGUUUGUCAAGAAAA